UUGGAGGGAGUCUCCGCGCCCAGCUCGCGCUCAGGUGAGUGGCGGGUGAUCUGCGGUCUCUGGCUCAAAGCGUCGCAAGCCAUGAGUGCCCACAAAGCGUGUGGUCAUCCUAUAUCCGGGCAGUGACGGGCCCUGUUUUUGGUCUGGAGCUGGACUCAGGAAGGUUACAAACUGUUUCCAACCAAGUCUGAAUCUGAGACGGACCAAGCUAUCUUUUGAGGCACCCAAGCUCUGGGUAGAAGCUAGAGCAAAGCUGUCCUCAUGCUUGUCUCGGUCGGGAACGGAGGCCUCCAGGUGGUCCGGCUUCAGGACUGAGGUGGCUUGUGGCUGCUACCAGGAGGCCAUAGCUUCCACAGCCUUUCUCUCUUCCCCAAUUGUCUAAGCCGACUCCUGCCACAGGAAGCUGUCUGGGAAGCAUCCCUCAUGUGACCUCUGUCACUUUAAGUCACACUGGAAGUGGGAAGGGGAAGGGAGUGGGCACAAGGGAAUGUCAGGCGACUUCUUAGUCGUGGAGAGGGACAGUAGGGGUGACCCCCCUCUCCUCUUGGCUUGACAGGAAGCAUGGCACUCUGGCGGGCAUACCAGCGGGCCCUGGCUGCUCACCCGUGGAAAGUACAGGUCCUGACAGCUGGGUCCCUGAUGGGCCUGGGUGACAUUAUCUCACAGCAGCUGGUGGAGAGGCGGGGUCUGCAGGAACACCAGAGAGGCCGGACUCUGACUAUGAUGUCCCUGGGCUGUGGCUUUGUGGGCCCUGUGGUAGGAGGCUGGUACAAGGUUUUGGAUCGGUUCAUCCCUGGCACCACCAAGGUGGAUGCACUGAAGAAGAUGAUGUUGGAUCAGGGGGGCUUUGCCCCGUGUUUUCUAGGCUGCUUUCUCCCACUGGUAGGGGCACUCAAUGGACUGUCAGCCAAGGACAACUGGGCCAAACUACAGCGGGAUUAUCCUGAUGCCCUUAUCACCAACUACUAUCUAUGGCCUGCUGUGCAGUUAGCCAACUUCUACCUGGUCCCCCUUCAUUACAGGGAGGAUCCUGCUUCUACCACCCUUGUCGCCAUCCCACCUGGGGCUCCGCCUUUGAUGGCGUAUCUGGAGGGACAGUGGCUGGGGUGCUGCAGCCUAGGUUAGACAGAGAGGUAGACCAGAAAGCCAAGUAGAAGCCUGGCCAGACACUCAUGAUAAAGACAGUUGCUGAACUGCACCCAAAAAAAUAAUGGAACUGAAGAUGUGUGGUUCAAAUGCUUGGAGGUGAGGGAUUGUGGGAACAGGGGAAAAUAAGGGGGAACAUGGCCAAAAUGUACAUGAAUAACAUAGCUAAAAUGAAUACAGACUGGCUGGGCAUGGUGGCUCACACCUGUAAUUCUAGGACUUUGGGAGGCUGAGGCGAGAGGUUUGCUAGGGUCUAGGAGUUUGACACCAGCCUAGGCAAUAUAGUGAGACCUCAUCUCUACAGAAAAUACAAAAAAUUAGCCAGGCACAUGGUAACAUAUGCCUGUAGUCCCAGCUACUUGGGAGGCUGAGGUGGGAGGAUCACUUGAGCCCGAGAGAUGGAGGUUGCUGUGAGCCAAGAUUGUGCCACUGCAUUUCAGAGCCUGGUGACAGAGUGAGACCC